CGGUGGACUUCAAUUUAUUCAGAAGCCCCCCAAAAUACAGAACACAUUUACAGCCAAAUAAGAUAGAAGCAUCCAGGACAGCAGUCGUCGCCAAAAAAAGUUAUAAGACGAAUUGGAAAUUCAACAGCAAAGACAUUUCAGAGGGUCGAUGGUGGACGUGAUGGUGAGGACCGGAAAAGGAUUUUUUCCUCUGGGAUCAGACAUAAAGGAGAUGGCACAAACAAAAGUACAUCGCAAGAAAAGGCAAGUGGCAAUUCUCAUUAUAUGGAUGCUUUUGUGGGAAGCCGGUUCAGAACCGAUUCAAUAUUCUGUACUGGAGGAGUCAGAAAGUGGCACGUUUGUGGCCAAUUUGACAAAGGACUUGGGACUCAGGAAAGGAGAAAUGGCUGCACGGGGUGCCCAGGUUGUUUUCAAGGGGAACAGACAGUGUUUGCAGCUUGACCCACAGACCUAUGAUUUGCUGCUGAAUGAGAAACUGGACAGGGAAGAGCUGUGCGGCUCCACUGAGCCAUGUGUGCUACCUUUCCAAGUGUUACUGGAAAAUCCCUUGCAGUUUUUUCAGGCUGCUUUACGAGUCAGAGAUAUAAAUGACCACGCCCCGGAGUUCCCAGCCAGAGAAAUGCUACUAAAAAUAUCAGAAAUUACUACACCAGGAAAGCUAUUUCCUUUGAAAAUGGCACAGGAUUUAGAUGCUGGUAGCAACAGUCUUCAGAGCUACACAAUCAGCACCAAUCCUCAUUUCCACGUUCUCACUCGCAAUCGCAGCGAUGGCAGGAAGUUCCCGGAGCUGGUGCUGGACAAAGCCUUGGACCGCGAGGAGCAGCCGGAGCUUAGGCUUACUCUCACGGCUCUGGAUGGUGGGUCUCCACCCCGGUCUGGGACCGUGGAGAUUCAGAUCCUGGUCUUGGACAUCAAUGACAAUGCCCCCGAGUUUGCUCAGGAGCUCUAUGAGACACAGAUCCCAGAAAACAGUUCCCUGGGCUCUCUGAUAAUCACUGUCUCAGCGAGAGAUUUAGAUGCAGGACCCUUUGGGGAGGUAUCUUAUGCCCUGUUUCAGGUAGAUGACGUUAAUCAACCCUUUGAAAUACACGCAAUUACAGGAGAAAUUAGACUGAGAAAGACUUUGGAUUUUGAGGAGUUUCAAUCUUAUCAUGUGGAUAUUGAGGCUACAGAUGGUGGGGGACUAUCAGGGAAAUGCUCUUUAGUGAUCAAGGUUCUGGAUGUAAAUGACAACACUCCUCAAUUGACCAUGUCGUCGUUCACCAGUGCCAUCCCCGAAAACCUCCCAGAGAUCAUAGUGGCAGUUUUCAGUGUAUCAGAUGCAGAUUCUGGCCAAAAUCAACAGGUUAUUUGUUCUAUAGAUGACAAUCUCCCCUUUCUUCUACGGCCAUCAGUCGAGAAUUUCUAUACCUUGGUAACAAAUGGGGCGCUGGACAGAGAGAGCCAGGCGGAGUACAACAUCACCAUCACCGUCAGUGACUUGGGGACCCCCAGGCUGAAGACCCAGCACAACAUCACCGUGACGGUCUCAGACGUCAACGACAACGCCCCCGCCUUCAGCCAGACCACCUACACCCUGCGCGUCCGCGAGAACAACAGCCCCGCCCUGCACAUCGGCACCGUGAGCGCCACCGACAGGGACGCGGGCGCCAACGCCCAGGUCACCUACUCGCUGCUGCCGCCCCGGGACCCGCACCUGCCGCUCGCCUCGCUGGUGUCCAUCAACGCGGACAACGGGCAGCUGUUCGCGCUCAGGUCCCUGGAUUACGAGGCGCUGCAGGCCUUCGAGGUCCGCGUGGGCGCGGCCGACCGCGGCUCGCCCGCGCUGAGCAGCCAGGCGCUGGUGCGCGUGCUGGUGCUGGACGACAACGACAACGCGCCCUUCGUGCUGUACCCGCUGCAGAACGGCUCUGCGCCCUGCACCGAGCUGGUGCCGCGGGCGGCCGAGGCGGGCUACCUGGUGACCAAGGUGGUGGCGGUGGACGGCGACGCGGGUCAGAACGCCUGGCUGUCGUUCCAGCUGCUCAAGGCCACGGAGCCCGGGCUGUUCGGCGUGUGGGCGCACAACGGCGAGGUGCGCACGGCCCGGCUGCUGAGCGAGCGCGACGCGGUCAAGCACAGGCUGCUGGUGCUGGUCAAGGACAAUGGCGAGCCGCCGCUGUCGGCCAGCGUCACGCUGCACGUGCUGCUGGUGGACGGCUUCUCGCAGCCCUACCUGCCGCUGCCGGACGUGGCGGCGGCCGAGGCCCGGGCCGACCCGCUCACCGUCUACCUGGUCAUCGCCUUGGCGUCCGUGUCGUCGCUCUUCCUGUGCUCGGCGCUGGCGUUCGUGGCGGUGCGGCUGUGCAGGAGGAGCGGGGCGGCGUCGGGGGGUGGCUGCGCGGUGCCCGAGGGCCACUUUCCGGGCCACCUGGUGGACGUCAGCGGCGCGGGGACCCUGUCCCAGAGCUACCAGUACGAGGUGUGUCUGACGGGAGGGACUGGGACCAGCGAGUUCAAGUUCCUCAAGCCUAUUAUCCCCAAUUUCGUGGGUGAAGGGGCUGGUAGGGCCACCGAGGAAAACUCUAACUUUAGAGAUCAUUUUGGGUUCAGUUAAGCAUCUCACCUUAAGAGGAGAUAAACGAUAAUAAUUAAUGUACUAUUAGUUUGCAACCUGUUCAUUCGCAUACAGAGCAGCAUAUGCAUACAUUAAUAAUGAUUGACAUAUUUAUAGUUAUUUCAGCUUGUUUUUUUAUUUUAUUUAUUUAUGAUAGUCACACACACAGAGAGAGAGAGAGGCAGAGACAUAGGCAGAGGGAGAAGCAGGCUCCAUGCACCGGGAGCCCGAUGUGGGAUUCGAUCCCAGGUCUCCAGGAUCACGCCCUGGGCCAAAGGCAGGCGCCAAACCGCUGCGCCACCCAGGGAUCCCCUAUUUCAGCUUGUUGAAGUGUUUACAUUCUGAGCCUCUGGGUGUUUGUUGUCUUCGCUGUUAUUUUUAGCCAAGUCACAUUUGCAUGUGCAUAGUGGAGAAAUGAUGUUUCUCAAUCUUGGGGGGGAGGUCAGAUUUUUGGAGGUCAGCAAUGUUUUCAGGUUCCUGAUGUUUGAGCUUGUUCAGUAAUACCUUGUUAUGACUAGGAGAAUUGUGUUUUCUGAUUAUCAUCAGCAUAGUGUCUUGUAAAUGAAGACUUUCAAUCUUAAAAAUACUUUUCAUUUAUACAAAAAUUUUUUAUUACUUUGGAAAUGAUUGGAUCUCUGUAGUGUUGUUGUGAAAAUGCUAUUGUCUUUCCUCAAAGAAACUAGUAUUUUAUCUGGGUGUUUUUCCUAAGCUCAAUAUUUUCUUUCAAAAAUGGUAUCUUUGAACAAGACCAUCUGAUACAAUUUUAAAGAAUUCCAUCCCUGUUAAACAGAAAAAAU